ACGCGCGCGGCCGGUGGAGCGGACGGGGAGGCGCGGGCACGGGGGCCCGGAGGGCGGCGCGGCGGGGGGCGCGCACGCGCCUGAGCGCGCGCCCGUGCGCGGGUCGGACUCGCCGUUCGCACGCCCUUGGGCUGCGGCCGGCUCCCGCUCUGCCUUCCGCUUCCGACGCGCUGUCUGUCCAGCCGGUGUAUGUGCGGCAAUAACAUGUCGGCGCCUCUGCCCGCCGUCGUGCCCGCCGCCCGGAAGGCCACCGCCGCGGUCAUUUUCCUUCAUGGAUUGGGAGAUACAGGGCACGGAUGGGCAGAAGCCUUUGCAGGUAUCAGAAGUGCUCAUAUCAAAUAUAUCUGCCCUCAUGCACCAGUUAUGCCUGUAACAUUAAAUAUGAACAUGGCCAUGCCUUCUUGGUUUAACAUUAUUGGGCUUUCGCCAGAUUCACUGGAAGAUGAAACUGGAAUCAAGCAGGCAGCAGAAAAUGUAAAAUCUUUGAUAGAGCAGGAGGUGAAGAAUGGCAUUCCAUCUAACAGAAUUAUUUUGGGAGGAUUUUCUCAGGGAGGAGCCCUGUCCUUGUACACAGCGCUCACCACCCAUCAGAAGCUGGCCGGCGUCACCGCUCUCAGCUGCUGGCUCCCGUUGCGAUCUUCGUUUCCAGAGUGUCCCAUCAGUGGUGUGAAUAGAGACAUCCCCAUCCUUCAGUGCCACGGAGUGCUGGAUCCUUUAGUUCCCCUAAUGUUUGGCUCUCUAACUGUUGAAAGGCUAAAAACGCUGGUAAAUCCAGCCAAUGUGACUUUCAAAACCUACGAAGGCAUGAUGCACAGUUCCUGCCAACAGGAAAUGCUGGAUGUCAAGCAGUUCAUUGAAAAACUGCUGCCUCCCAUUGAUUGACGUCACCGAGGCCUGCGUGGAUGUCACACCAGCACCUUCGUAGUAGAGUAUCAACCUUUUCCUGCGCCCCAUCUUGAAACCUCUAAUGUUUGCAGUGUUAAAAUAUUUUGCAAAGACACACCAAUGACACAGACUAAAUAAAUCUCCUUGUGGGACAUUUAGGAUCUCUCAAGUUUCACUAUAUGUGUUUGUAUAAAAUGAUCCGGAAUAUACUAGUAUUAAAUAGGUGAAGCAGCUAGCUUCUUUUUCCCAAAUGUAAUUCAGCAAAAUAAUAAAAUACUGCAACCAGAUUUUUUUUAUUAUAUCAUUUGAAAAUCAUUAGUAUGCUUAAUGAAAACUUGUUCAGGUGUAAAUGAGCAGUCGGGUCAUCAACAGUUUAUGCGUGCUGUGACUUCGACUAUGGACUUUUCCACCGUUCCCUAGUCACCAUGCAGGAUCUGUAUUUUUAGAUAUGUGUUCAUAUACACUUAAUGGUUAUAAAUCAUAGUAGGAAUGAAGUGUUAUUAAAUUAUUCCUAAUGAUAGGGAUAAUACCUCUAAGUGUCAAUAAAGAGUGAUAAUUCUCUCUUCAAUUAAUGGCCCUUUUAUUUUGGGGACCAGGUUUUUCUUUCCUGAAGGUAAUUUCUAUUUAAUAUUGUUUUUUUCUUCUCUAGAAAAAAGAUACAUUCUUUCUUCUUUUGUAUCCUUCAUAACAGACCAAAUAUGUCUCCUUGCCCUAGACAUCUGCUGGCAGUUUGUGCUGUAACUUGAUGUUCUGAAUCACAGACAUGAUGGUGUUUAAAAUGUACUUACAGAAAGGAAUCACAGACAUCCCUUCAAAUUUUCUACACUACUUCUUAAACUGGACCUUUUUAGACCUACAGAAUCAUCAGAAUCUUUAGUCCAGAUAACGAGAAUAAUUCUGUGGUUGGAUUAUUCUGUUAUUAACUGAAAGAAUAAUUAGGUCAUAUUCUAGUAUGUUCUGGAAUAUUUAAGGCUGAUUUUCUUAAAAACUGUUAAUUUCUAGGAUGAUUUGCUCUAAGUAGAUUCUCCUCAUAGCAUAGAGUUUUAGUUUAUUUAUUUUGCACGUAUGUUUGAAACCAACUGCUGUAGGAAAUGAACAAUCUAGUUGAAAACUAUGCUUUACUUUUAUCUGCCAGCAGACAUUUUGGAAAUGUUCACUUUAAUCAGAUGAUCUUUUUAGGUUAGUUUUUGUGCAAACAUUAAAGUAGCAAUUACUUGAUUUUAAAUAGUCAAAAUUUUCAGAUUAUUGGUUAAAAUUAUUUGAAAACAAAUUUUGGGUAAUAAAAGUCAGAACUCAGUACAUAUAAUCUAGUUACCACACAGUUUCAUACAUAGCAGAAACGUACGCCUGAUAUUUCCAAACUCUUAUUCUGCUGUACUCCAGCUGACCGGAACAGCAUUAGGAAUAUGCAGCUCCAGGAAUGGGUGCUACUCAUAAUAGAGAUAACUUGGUGUGGACUAUUUAGGGUGUUAAUAAUGAAGCCAUAUGUUUAUGUCUGGAUUUACAAUUUUUAAACAAUCAUUUACUAUGUCAUUUCGCUUUACCUUGGAGAACAAAAACGGUUGUUUCACUUCACAAAUCAGCAAGAUCUAAUUUAUGGCAAGAACUAUUCUGUUGAAAUGUGCUGUAAUGUGGGAAAAUGUAAAUCUUUUUCACGGUUUCUAUCAAUGUGAAAUAAAAUUUAAUUCUGACUUUUCCAUGA